AUCAGAGCCUAGGUUUAAACCCUAGUUUUUUUUGAGACUGUGCUUCACCGCCGGUCUCCUUCCUCUCGCCGGUCGACCGUAAACGGCGACCAUGGCUCAACCUUCAGAUCCGCUUGCUUCGCUUCCUUCUGGCGUUAAGCUUCUUCUCCGCAAUCUCCAUACUCUUAUCCCAGAAAAGCUCACUGAUUCAAAUUACCCUGCAUGGUCUCUCAAUGUCAGAACUGCCCUUGAGGCCAACCUUCUUCUUGGUUGGAUCGAUGGUCAUGAAGCUGCGCCCCCAAAAAUCCUAUCCAAGGAUGGCAAGGAAAACCAUAACCCGGAGUUCCAAACAUGGACGGUGAUCGAUACUCAGAUCCGUGCAUGCCUUCUUGCCAUCAUCAGUCCGUCUGUUCACAAGCAUGCCCACAACUUCACUACAUUUGUCGAUCUGUGGAACGCUCUUGCUGCCCGAUAUAAUUCUGUUUCUACCGCUCACAUCUAUCAACUACGGAACAAACUUAACACACUCCGAAAAGGUACUAAAACUAUCACCCAGUACCUUGAUGAAGUUGCCACUAUCCUCACCAAUUUGGAUGCUCUCAACGAGGCUCUUCAGAAUUUUGGACAUUUCAUGUCCAUGUUCCAGCAGCCGGGAGGGUUUUCACUUUUCAAUCCGGGAUUGUAUCCACAAUCCUCGCCUCAAACUAACGUCAUUCGCCCGAUCGUUCCGAUAAACCUGAUCGGGGAGAUGGAUAAAGCUGGUCCAUCCCGGUCUAGAAAGAGCCGGUCCCGUAGGUCACAGACAAAGGUGACCUCGGACGAGGAUGUGCGUUCAGUGCACAUCAAAGACGAGGAUUGGGACGUCCCCCAGGCGAUCAAGAAGUUGAAGGGAAAGGCAGUACAGCCAGAAGGAUCUAGGAGGUCGGCCUUUCUGAGACUUGGCCAUGAUGGCCGAAAUCAGAACCGGUCAGCAAAAGAGCGGCUUGGGGUAGAAACCAUUCCAGCUAGUGCCUUUAAUCGUGCAGGGAGAGGAGCCGGACGACCUGGUCAGACCAGGCGAACGGAGCCAUCCCCACGCGAUGAGCCCCAGCACAGCCGGGCACCACGAGAGGAAGAAGCCGAAAGCCACCCCAGGCACACGACCCGUUCACACGUUGAGCAACCUCGGGAUCGUGUGGGCUGGGUCGAGGCACCUGAGUUGAAUCUGGUGGAAGAACGAAGGACCAUAGCAGCUGUUAAGAUGGCCGGUUAUCAGCAGUCGGUAAAGCGGUAUCAUGACAACCGGGUAGGACCGCGAUACUUCCAGGUGCAUGAUGAAGUCUUGCGCAGGAGGGAUGCUAGUAAGCCUAAUGAGAGGGGCAAGCUGGCGCGUAACUGGGAAGGGCCCUAUCGUGUAAAAGCAAUUGUCAGACCGGGCACUUACCAGUUGGAGACUAUGGAAGGUGGCCGGGUCGAGCGACACUGGAACUCUCAUCACUUACAAAAAUUUUAUAGAUAAAGUGUAACUGGUUCCUGACCAUUAAUAAAAGUUCGCUCUUUUC